AUGGUAUCAAGUUUGGAUAUUACGAAAUGCCAUACUAUUGUAUACACUUCGCUAGCCACUACUUUUACUGACGGUAACUCGAUAAAUUGUGCGCUGCAGAAGGAACCAAAAUAUUCGUUCAAAUAUGGUGUUACCGACCUCUACACGGGAGAUGUUAAAUCUCAACACGAAAGCCGUGAUGGAGGUAUAGUGAGAGGACAGUAUUCUUUAGUAGAACCUGAUGGUUCCAUAAGAACCGUGGAUUAUACAGCUGAUCCGGUUCACGGAUUCAAUGCCGUCGUUUCUAAAACUGCACCGUCUAUACACCCGGUGGCACCAGUGGUCAAACAUUUGGAUGUUGUACCUGCUGUGGUAAAGAAAAUUGUACCUGCCGCACAACAUUCUACAGUUUACAUUCACAAGAACGAUGUUGAAGCCGCGCCGGUGGCGGCUCCAGAGAUUUACGUCGGAAAACACUCGUACCAACCGAUUUACGCAGGAUUAG